ACCAGUGAUCUUUAAAUAAAUAUUUCAGAAUAUUUGAACAAGGUUAAAGUGAAAAAUGAACGAAAUUAUAUAAUUAGAUGUGGCCCACGGCAGGGUCCAGUUCAGACAGGGGGCCAGGGCCCCCGCCCCCCCUUCAACCGAGACACUAUCAUCAGCUACGACAUCCAAUAUCAGGUCAACCCGUUCCUCAUCUAGCCUCCGGUCAACAGGGGGUUUAUAUCAAUCCCAGGUAUGAGAACCGGCCUCGACUUGUCUCUGAUCCUCAGCAGAAGAUAUUAAUUGAUUACGGGAUAGAGGAUCAUGGAUCCAGGGAUACAGUUCAAGUUGUAGACCUGGAUCAUGACGAAGAGAUUUCAAUUACAGGUCAACAUCCAGCGCUGUAUCUACGUCACGCUGCCUUUGAUGGACCCCCCGUAUCCGGGAUUAUUCAUAAUUCAGACAGAUCGUAUCGGGCGUAUUACGCAGACACGAUGAGUUCGGACACGAGUUCUGCGUACAGCGGGUCAGAUACCAUGCAUAGUUUACAGUCAGGACAAGAGGAACUGGAUCUGUCAGGCUUGCACGAAUCCCACGUGGACUCCGACGAGGAGGACCUUGCAGAGUCCAUCGGGUCCUUCACCCUCAGGGACGCGGUUCGGGACUGCUUGGAGAAGGACCCAGCGGAUAGAACUCCAGAGGAUAUUGAGAUCUUGAUGGAGUUCACACACACCCUCGAGGCUUUCGCCGGUAUGACGCAGGCAGUGAGGACUAAGAUGUGCGCCGUCAUGGUGUUCGCCGUGGUGGACAAGGAGAACACGGUGGUGAUGAACGACAAGGAGGAGUUGGACAGCUGGAGUGUUAUUAUCAACGGAGCUGUGAGAGUUGAGGGAGGUGAGGGAGGGAGGAAGUAUGUUCUGAGUUUAGGUCAGGGGUUUGGGAUCAAACCAACUAUGAAGACGGAAUAUCACCAGGGAGUCAUGACAACCAUGGUGGAUGAUUGCCAGUUUGUGUGUAUAACCCAGCAGGACUAUUAUAAAAUCCUCCACGAGGGGGAGGACGCCCUGGUGAAGGAGGAGGAGGACGGUGUCCUCGUCAAGGUGUCUGAGGUCCGGAGAGCCGAGGACGGGAUAAAACAUGUUCAAGUUCUGCUCCGAGCCACACCGGAGAAACUGAUAAAUCAGCUGAUAGAAGAUACUAACUCAGCUGAUCCAAACUAUAUUGAGGAUUUUCUUCUGUGUCAUCGUGUGUUCCUUGCAUCUUCUCUUCUUGUAGUUCAGCAACUUCUAGACUGGUUUGCAAGACAGGAACUCAGAGAUAAGGUUACCCGAAUCCUUUUGCUGUGGGUAAACAAUCAUUUCACGGAUUUUGAGCUUGAUGCGGAGAUGAUGGAACUUCUUCAUCAAUUUGAAAACAAGCUAGAAGGUGCUAAAAUGCAAGGUCAACUUCGUAUGCUGAACUUUGCUUGCGCAGCUAAGGCGCGCCCUCGGACUGUCAUUAUCACGCGCCCUUCACGUGACGAAGCGCUUGAGUUCCGAUUGACUGGUGGCCAUCAAAACCGGUUCGGGAUCUUCAUAGAGACAGUGAGUAAGGGCUCCGUGGCGGCCAAAAAAGGAAUAAAGCGCGGUGAUCAGAUACUAGAGGUAAAUGGGGAAAACUUCCUGCAGGGAAUGCAUUUGGAGCGCGCCAUUAGCAUCCUUCAAAGUCAAUGCCAUCUUCAGUUAACCGUUAAAUCAAACUACCUUGGCUUCAAAGAAGUUUUAUCUUCUGAGAAUACAAGGAAAAUACCGAAAAAAUCCAUUGAUCUCUCGUCACGAUCCCACGCCAUGGCAAACCUUACGCCGCAAAGCAAGGACGAUCUUCACAUCGAUACAAAAAUGUCUAGCAUCAACCUAUCCGGGAAUUCAAAGCGACGGAAUCCUAAACAUAUGUUGAUGGAUCGGUUAAAACAGAGUUUUGCCGAGCUCUUGAGUCAACCCAAACUGAAUAUUCCAAAGAUACUCUCCGAGGAGGGGGACCUUGAUGCUGCCUUUGAGGAUUAUGAAGAGAUUUACGAUUUCCAGGAUGCGAUCCCAGAACAUAGUCUAAAAAUUUACAGAUCUGAUCAGUCCUCUAAGUACUUGCUCGUCAACAAGACGACUAGUGCCAAGGAGGUUGUUAUGCUCGCCCUGAAGGAGUUCGGGAUCACAGAGGUUAGCACCAACUACGCAUUGUUCGAGGUUACCGUUGAAAACGGAUUAAUCCGUCAGCGCCGUCUAGCAGACAGAUUUGACAACUUGGCGCAGAGGAUCGGAUUGGCUAGCAGGUACUACAUCAAGAAUAUACAAAGUAACCAGCAGCUGGUACCAGAGGAUCUGAGCAGUGAACUCCAGAGGGAGAGCGUUGUGAAUCUGCUGAGCCUGAACUGCGAGGAGACGGGAACCCAGCUCAUGGUUGAGGAUUUUACCCUCUUCAGGCAGAUCGAGCAGACCGAGUAUGUUGACUGGAUUUUCGAGUUAAACUCAAGGUUUGGUAUUGAGAACCUGAACAAGUUCAGCGACCUCGUGAACAAGGAGACCCUGUGGGUGGUUACCGAGGUGUGCAGUGAAACCAACUUGGGCAAGCGCGUUAAGCUCGUCAAACUCUUUCUCAAGAUUGCGAAACAUUGCAAGGAAACUCAGAAUUACAAUUCAAUGUUUGCAAUUACUUCAGGAUUGACGCACAACGCCGUGUCACGACUGCGUCACACCUGGGAGCGUAUUCCAGAAAAAUACAACAAACUCCUCUCAGAUCUUCAGGGUAUAAUGGAUCCAUCGCGGAACUUCAGCCGAUAUCGAAACCUUAUUAAAUCUGAUGCAGUAAAGCCUCCCCUUAUCCCCAUUUUCCCCAUGGUAUCAAAGGACUUGUCCUUUAUUCAUAUAGGAAACAAAAGUAAAAUGGACGGGCUAAUUAACUUUGAGAAAAUGCGCCUGGUCGCUAAAGAAAUCCGCAAUUUAACGAGUAUGUGCUCCGCACCACUACGGGGAAUAUCGGAUACUAUUAUUGCGAUGAAUGACACCGAACAACCUGGGAAAUACGCAACUAUGAAGCGUGGUAAGGGGAGGCGAGAAGUAGCUGAUGCACGAAAAAUGUAUAGUGAGGCGCAUAUGGUGCGCAAAGUCAAGUCCUAUUUAGCCAAUCUGAAAAUACUCGCAGAUGAAGAAAUUCUGCAGAAAAUGUCUCUUGAAAUAGAACCACCCCAGGUAAAAUUAUCAGUUCAUGUUGGAAGCAGCAGUUCCCUGAGAGGAGGGGGCCGUCCUCCCUCUCCCACCCCCAGCAGAUCUUCCGCCCAUUCAAAUAUGUCGGAGGGAAAGAAAUCUUUAAAAUCUGGCCCAACCAAAUUCGGGGCAUCUAGUCCAGAGGCAGAACGGAAGCUUCUGUCUCUAGCUGAACCUGGAAGGAAGAAAAUGCCAAAACAUUCAAAAUCUUCUUUCAGUCUUUCAGUAUCUCCAGGACCCUCUCCUGUCCAGCUCCGACGGGAUCAGGUUGGCAAAACUCAUGAACGGAGUAACUCUGAUGCCAUAGCAGUCAGUCUCAGUGCUGAGAGCAGUUCAGUGUCCUCACUUCCUGGUCUAAGACGAGGAUCAGUGUCUAGUCAGGAGGAUGAACUAAGAACUAGAUCUAAUGAUACAGACUCCGCCCCUAGGGGUUCCAGGCACCCCACCCGCCCUGUAGAACUAGGAAGGAAGGUUUCUUCUGCCUCGGUUGGUUCCUCCGGUAUAGGAUCUCCUUUAGAAGUUCCGCCACGAUCCGGCGGAAGUCUUCCACCUCCUCCACGGCCGCCAGAUUAUCAAACCGCUGUAGGGCGAACAUUGAAGAGUGGUCGGAAAACCCGGGUAAGCCGGACACAGUCCCGAGAAGGCGGUGAGGCGGAGAGCGGAGGGAACGGUGAGGACGAAACCCAAGUGUCCGCCGUAUAGAUUUAUUUACAUAUCUAUUUAUGAUCGGUUUAAAAAAUUUGGUUUAGUUUAGGAUAUAUGUUGGCAUUCGUUAUUAUAUAUAAAAUUAAUGAUUUCUUCCAUAUUAUUUAUGUAUGACUUUUUUUAAUUGUUCGGAAUUGGAGGUCGAGGACAAAUGAUUUUAUUUUGAAGACUUUGAUGAAAUGGAAUCAGACAUAAUUACUAGUUAUAGAUUUUAAAAUGUUGCCCAAAUUUUAUUUAAAACUUGUUAUUGGGAUAAAGUGCAUUUGCAAUCCCGCUGUCCACAUAUCAAUCGAAAUAUCUACAAUUGGAAAGUUUCUUGAUUUUUUCCCCAAGAGAUGGCGUUGUCUUCUAACUUAUUUGUUACCUGCUUACUUCGUUACAAAUCAUCGUUGAUCGUUAAACUUUGUUAUUAAAACGUCGUGCAUUACUUGUUUACGUCGGUAACAUUGUCAAUGUAGUGUUUUUAAUCAACUAGAGAAAGAACAAACCUUAAAAACUGGAAAUAUCGCCAAAAGCCUUUCCCCAAAAUAUUUAUUGAUGUGUAAACUGUAAAACCGAUGUAGAUUGUAGAUGCAGGGGUGUGAUCGUAAAUUUUAUCAAACCCGAUUUACAAACGAAUUUACAACCUAACCCUUCUGACCUCAUACUGAAUAUUAAAAUGACAGGUCUUAUUUAUUCUAUACAAAUUUUAGUAAUUAAAAAAAAAAACGCGAAUUGCGUUAAAUUAUUUCAUGUGACAUAAAUCAUCAGUUUUUAGAGAGGAAACAUAAAUAUUAGACUCGUAAAUACUUUUGGGGAUCAUUGUGAAUCUUGGGAAAUGUGAGAAUUUGUGAAGAAACAAGGAAAUGAGGAAAUAAAAUGGGAUAAAGUUCACCCCUGCAUAUACUGAACUCUAAUACUACGAAUAGUUUAAUUGGUAAACCCGAAAAAGGACUGCAUUUGAGUACAAUAUUAAUAUUUUAUUAAUUAGUUAAAUUAAUAGAAAUCUUCUUCCUUAUACCUCAAACCAUAUCUUUUCUAUAGAAAUCUGCAUCUUCGUGUAUCAUCGUCCAAAUCUGAAAUUAAAUGUGAUCAAAAUAUUUAUUAUUAUGUGUAUUUUCAUAAAUAAAAGUGUAUCUAGUUAA